AUGGCCUGUAUCCAUCUCUUAAAGUUCUUCCUGCUUCUGGCCCUCACAGCCACUUCCCAAGGCAAACACCUUGGCCCCACAUCUCACCUGCUUUACUCCAGAUUCAUAGAUCCUUCCAAUGCCAUUUUCCUGCCCUGGGACUUUGAUCUUAAGGCUGAGGCCAUCGUUUUUGAGCUCCAGGUUCGAACUGCUGGCUGGGUAGGUGUGGGCAUAGCAAACCGCUACACCAUCGUGGGAGGUGACCUGGUCGUUGGAGGAGUCCUGCCUGAUGGCAAUGUCUAUUUCUCAGAUCGGCACCUUGUGGAUGAAGACACUCUAGAGGAGGAUGGGAGCCAGGAUGGUGAGCUGCUGGGGCUAACAGAAAAUGCUGCCUAUACUACCAUGCGCUUUUCUAGGCCUUUCCGCUCCUGCGAUCCUCAUGACCAGGAUGCUAAGAGUGACAUGAUUCGAGUCCUGACUGCCUAUGGUCUGGAGGACAUGCUAGAGCUGAGGCGGGAGCACACUUUUGUCAAGUCCACCUUCCUGCUACAAAUAUUCCACCCUGAGGAUCUGGAUUUCCCCCAGGACACCAUGGUCCAUGACUUGGAGAUCACUGAUUUCCUCAUUCCAGAGGUCGAUACCACCUACGCCUGCACCUUUCUGCCUCUCCCCAUCGUCAGCGAGAAGCAUCAAAUCUUCAAAUUUGAGCCCAAGUUGAUAGACCACAACGAGACCAUGGUGCACCACAUCCUGGUGUAUGCCUGCGGCAAUGCCAGCACCCUCCCCAAGGGCAUCAGAGAAUGCUACGGAUUCGACCCUGCCUUCUCCCUCUGUUCACAGAUUAUCGUGGGCUGGGCUGUCGGGGGCCUUAGUUACCAGUUUCCAGAUGAAGUGGGCAUCUCUAUAGGGACCCCCUUGGACCCUUAAUGGAUCCGCCUGGAGGUUCACUACAGUAAUUUCCACAACCUACCUGGUGUGUAUGACUCCUCAGGGAUUCGAUUGUACUACACCGCUCGUCUGCAGAAAUACGAUAUGGGUGUCCUCCAGUUGGGCAUACUGACUUUCCUCAUCCAUUUCCUACCCCCAGGUGCUGAGUCCUUCAUGUCUUAUGGGCUGUGUAAGACAGAGAAGUUUGAAGAGGUGAAGCUGGUAGACAUACCUUCCCCGAGGUUCCUUGUUCCUCAUCACAGUUCCAUCUGA